AUGAAGGGGUAUUCAACUUUGUCGCUGCUGCUGCUGCCUUUAUUGGCAUCGGCGUCUCCAGUCCUUAUUGACUCCAUCCACACCGAAGCCGCUCCCAUCCUCUCAUCUACACAGUCUCAAGCGAUCCCAGAUUCAUAUAUCGUUGUAUUCAAAGACGGUCUCUCGCAUUCAUCAGCAUCAGCACAUCACGACUGGGUUCAAGAUCAGCACCUCCAGGUCGAGACCUCUAAGAGGGAUCUCCUCAAACGGUCCCAGUUGCCUUUCACUACCUUCGGUGGACUCAAGCACACUUACAACAUUGCCGGAGGUCUCCUUGGAUACUCUGGACACUUCGACGAGAGCGUUAUCGAGCAAGUCCGCAGGCACCCAGAUGUCGCCUUCAUCGAGAGAGAUUCUGAGGUCCACACCAUGGGUGCUGAGACGCAAAAGAAUGCACCUUGGGGAUUGGCCAGAAUAUCUCACCGUAACAGCUUAAGUUUCGGUACCUUCAAUAAAUACCUUUACUCGGAAGAUGGUGGUGAAGGCGUGGAUGUCUAUGUCAUUGACACUGGAACCAACGUCGAUCACGUCGACUUCGAGGGCCGUGCGACGUGGGGCAAGACUAUCCCUCCUGGAGACGAAGAUGUGGAUGGCAACGGUCACGGCACUCACUGCUCCGGCACAAUUGCUGGUAAGAAGUUCGGUGUUGCUAAGAAAGCCAACAUCUACGCUGUCAAGGUCUUGAAAUCCAACGGCUCCGGAACCAUGUCCGACGUUGUCAAGGGCGUUGAAUGGGCUGCUCUCAGCCAUCAAGAUAAGGUCGAGGCCGCAAAGAAGGGCAAAGGAAAGAAAGGAUUCAAGGGUAGCGCCGCAAAUAUGAGUCUCGGCGGAGGGAAAUCCCCCGCCUUAGAUCUUUCCGUCAAUGCAGCAGUCGACGCUGGUAUCCACUUCGCUGUUGCCGCUGGAAACGAUAACGCCGACUCCUGCAAUUACUCACCCGCUGCCGCCGAGAAAGCCGUCACUGUGGGCGCAUCCACCCUUGCUGACGAGCGAGCCUACUUCUCCAACUACGGAAAGUGUAACGACAUCUUUGCCCCCGGCCUCAACAUUCUCUCUACUUGGGUUGGCAGCAAGUAUGCCACCAAUACCAUAUCUGGUACUUCGAUGGCUUCCCCACAUAUUGCCGGUCUCUUGGCCUACUUGUUGUCUCUUCAGCCUUCAAAGGACUCUGCGUUUGCUGUUGCAGACAUCACCCCAAAGCAGCUCAAGCAGAGCUUGAUCUCUGUUGCCACUGUGGGCAGUCUCACUGACGUCCCUAGCAAUACCAAGAACAUUCUUGCGUGGAACGGAGGUGGUUCGUCCAAUAUCUCCGAAAUCUUUGGAACAAAGCACACGCCUGAGAAGGCCGCUGCGCAGAAGGUCAAAGACUUUCUCAAGUCUGAACUUGAAAACGUCGAGCAAUUCUUCGAUGAGCUGAAGUAA